AUGCGCGUGAGUGUCGCAGCGACGCGUGGGAGACCCAGAGUAGGUGAAGAGGCCAGCACAAGGACGGCACUCUCUGGCUCUCGUGACACUGGCACUCCUUCUGGCUCUCGUGACACUGGCACUCCUUCUGGCACUCGUGACACUGGCACUCCUUCAGGCACUCGUGACACUGGCACUCCUUCAGGCACUGGUGACACUGGCACUCCUUCAGGCACUCGUGACACUGGCACUCCUUCUGGCACUCGUGACACUGGCACUCCUUCAGGCACUCGUGACACUGGCACUCCUUCAGGCACUCGUGACACUGGCACUCCUUCUGGCACUCGUGACACUGGCACUCCUUCAGGCACUCGUGACACUGGCACCACUCGUGACACUGGCACUCCUUCAGGCACUCGUGACACUGGCACUCCUUCAGGCACUCGUGACACUGGCACUCCUUCAGGCACUCGUGACACUGGCACUCCUUCAGUCACUCGUGACACUGGCACUCCUUCUGGCACUCGUGACACUGGCACUCCUUCUGGCACUCGUGACACUGGCACUCCUUCUGGCUCUCGUGACACUGGCACUCCUUCUGGCACUCGUGACACUGGCACUCCUUCAGGCACUCGUGACACUGGCACUCCUUCAGGCACUCGUGACACUGGCACUCCUUCUGGCACUCGUGACACUGGCACUCCUUCUGGCUCUCGUGACACUGGCACUCCUUCAGGCACUCGUGACACUGGCACUCCUUCAGGCACUCGUGACACUGGCACUCCUUCUGGCACUCGUGACACUGGCACUCCUUCAGGCACUCGUGACACUGGCACUCCUUCAGGCACUCGUGACACUGGCACUCCUUCAGGCACUCGUGACACUGGCACUCCUUCACUCGUGACACUGGCACUCCUUCAGGCUGUGACACUGGCACUCCUUCAGGCACUCGACACUGGCACUCCUUCUGGCACUCGUGACACUGGCACUCCUUCAGGCACUCGUGACACUGGCUCCCCUCACCCAUGGUACACUCUUGUGUCCCCUCACACUCAAGUGUUGUGUCUCCAUCUUGAUACACUCAGAGUUUAA